UUGAAUUUAAUAUUUUUCUCUUCCUUUUAAGACCUUUGGCAUCUUCUGAUCCUUCUCUGACCCAGUACUUUGAGUAUCAGACAUCUGUCUUGGCCCACCACUCCAAAAUUUUUUGUUCUUGCUCUCAAUGAAGGUAGUAGCAGAAAAUGCUCUCAGACCUUUAUCAGUAAGUGCUUCUUCUUUUUGUUGUUGAAAACCCUGAGUCUUCUCAUCUUUUCUCAGUAUUCGUAUUUCUUCGUUUCCUUGUGUAGGAGAUCCUUCUUUUUGGAGGAAGCCUGUUGAGGUCUUGAUAAGCAUGUCCGACACAGUCUUGAUUAUCAGUGCUUGACCCAGUCUUUAUAAAGAACAGUGUUGUUAAGGAGUCUAUAAAUCAGCCCUAUCGAGACUUCUCAUUCUUCC